AGCGCUUUACAACCAUAUUUGAUGCAACGUUUACUAUUAUAAUGCAGAUGGAUACCUACGUACUUUUUUUGAGAGAAAAGAGGGUCACAGUGAGACCAGAGGACCUCAAGACCGAAAAAAUAGCUGUCAUCUUUCAAGUGCAGAAGGACACUAUUUAUUUAACAGAUGACCACAACAUCGCCAUCUUCCCAGAGGAGAACGGGCACUUCAUCUCUGUGGAUCUGGUGGACCGGGGCCACUACGAGGUGCAUGGGGAUGCCUCGGCAUCAGCAGCAGCAGCAGCACCACCACCACCACCUGCAACAGCAACAGCAGCAGCAGCGGACCAACGUCCACGAUAUUUGUAUUCUUGUGCUGUCACUGUAGGAUCCAACUUCUGGAAGCAGAAUUCUAGGAAGACUUUUGCUGUUCCUGAGAUUCAGCUGGGACAGCUUGGCAAAAGGAGGCGGCUAAGUCGUAGAGAAGACACUGGUCUUCAAGACGUGGUGGCCGAGAUAGAGGAGGUGAUCGAGGCAGCCCAGGGCCUGAAGGAGGUCACCAAGAGCAUCAAGGAGGUAACAGAAGGGACUGGCAAAGCAACUCUACUGUGCCUACAAGAGGGAGAAGUGAAUGCCCUGAAGACUGUCUUUGGCUGCCUUGUGUGCCCAGGUCCUGUGGAAAAACCCAUUUUUUCAUCUUGCUGCAGAAGCAUCAUCGGAUGCAGGUCGUGCAUUCAACAGUGGGAACACAGCCACGACUACUGCCCGAAGUGUCGGUGUCAAGACAGGGAGACAAAUGAAGUGGCUGGGUUGGACGAGGCCCUGGCAGUGCUGAGGAAGCUUUUUUAAAAUAAAUAAAUAAUUCAAAACGAUGUUGAUUUUAACACGAUUCAUAUGUAUUUAUUUAUUUACAAUGUUGCAUGCAUGUCAGAGACAUUAAUUAGAUGGAGCAGUGCCUCCUGAAACAUGGUGUAGUCCUGGUUAACGACCGUAUCGAAGAGAUGAGACAUGUCCGGGUACCUCUCCCCAAACGCUUGCUCUGCUAGACCUCUCUGUUCAUCGGAUGAAAACGGGUCAGAGCCAAAGGCUGAAACCCAAGUCAGAGAUGAUCCCAUCUCCUCCUCGUACAUAUGUGCUGCCUCAGCAGCAUUGGGCAGCAGCUCUACAGGACAGCUGGCUGGACACCUAGCAGCCGCAAGUUGGUUUGGUAUCCCUCUGCCUAAAAUGAGUAAAAAAAAGUUUUACAUUUUAUACAAUUUUUUCCCUUUUUUUUGGUCAGUGAAAAACUGCUAUUACACUUGUAAGCUAUUACACUUUACCUGGUAUCCUAUGUGCAUUCCAGGACUGCACAACUCGAGCAAGUCCUAUUGCACUGACUUGACAGGCCAAGUUUGACACACAGAAUUUAGUUGUGUUGUCCUGCAUGUCCACUAGUUCCUGGUCCUGUAGGUGGAUGAGGGCCUGUUUGAUGGGAUAGUUGACCCGGUUGUUGACCUCUGGCCAAAUUCUUUCCACUCGAAGAUUCUGUUUAAAUCACACACACAAAAAAACGUUUUGUAUAUGACAUUUCAGACAUUUUUUAACCACCCAAAAGUAAUAAAAGGCUGAAGACAGAUCCCAGUAGUAGUAGGCUAGUAGUAGUAGUAGUAGCCUAGUACUACUAGAAAAAAAUACCUUUGAAGAGGUUGUCUGCAGGUAAGGGAGUCUAUUGGUGUUGUGUCGAUGUUCAGCCAACUUCUCCUGCAUGUAUAACGUC